CAUGGCGAGCAUCGAGCGCACUGUGGGAGGAGUGAUUUCUGCAACGUCCGCAAUGACAGUAUAGAUUGUCCGCGUCCUGCAAAACGGGCAUUUUCCAAACAACAAACGGAGUCAGCAUUGUCAUUCCAACAACAUCGAUAUUAUUUCCUCCGUGAAAAGUUAAUCAGUACAAAGAUGGAUGCUCCAAAAGCCAAGAAGUCUGCUUCCAAGAAGCCCGCUGAACACCCGAAGUAUUCGGAUAUGGUCGUCGCGGCUAUCAACGCACUGAAGGAGCGUAACGGUUCUUCCCGUCAGGCGAUCGCCAAAUACAUCAAAGGCAACUACAAAGUCGGAGAUAACUGCGAUGUUCAUCUCAAGAUGGCUCUCAAGCGGAUGACCACCGCGGGCGCACUCGUACAAGCCAAAGGGAAGGGAGCAUCGGGUAGCUUCAAGGUGCCCAAGGCGGUGGCGGCCCCCAAGAAGAAGCCAGCUGCCAAGAAGCCUGCCAAGAAACCUGCCAAGAAACCAGCUGCCAAGAGCAAGAAGGCCAAGAAAUCCACUGCCGCUAAGAGCAAGAGCAAAGUGGCGCCGGCCAAAAAGCCGACGGCGGACAAGAAACCUAAACCAGCAGCCAAACCAUCAGCCAAGAAAUCAGCAGCCAAACCCGCAGCGGCCAAGAAACCAGCAUCCAAGAAAUCCCCGAAGAAGCCAGCCAAGAAACCAGUGACCAAGAAAUCAACGAAGAAAACGACCAAGAAGCCAACCAAGAAACCAGCCAAGAAAUAAACUGAACUUUUUUGCAAAACCUGGACAUUAACAGAAGUUACUCUUUUUGAGCGCUUCUUUUUGACUUGGAAAACUUCAUUGUACAUAGGGCCUAUGCAUCUUCGAUCCAUUUUGAAGUUGUGUACAUGUACUCGUUUAAAAGAAAUGGAACAUAUUUUACUCCUCAGGGUUUAAUAAGUGUACUGCUUUGCAACUUCAAUUUCGAAACGUAAUUAUAGUGCACUUUGCCCAACUGAAUACACCUGUCGCAUUCUGGCCAAGAACAUCAUGCAUUCAUUUCAGAUAUGCUCGCUCACACUCACAGUCUCUUGGUAAUAUUUAAAAAGUAAGGGUUUAAAGAAAUAAAUUAAUUUAUUUUAUAUAGGUGGAAAUGUUAUGUGUCAUCAUGUGUUUUAUUGAUGUUUGGAUGUUCUUUAAUAUUAGGUUGCCUGGGUAUUGUUGGGUAAUUCGCGUUGGCCCCUUUUUGAGUAAAUCAAGCAAGUGUUCAGUCACUGUACGUGCAUUUGUGAACCGCAUGCAAAUCAGAGGGUCGGCAAGGUUCUGAAAAUUAAUAUGAGUAACAUGUAGUCUAAAAAAAAGUCAAUACAUGUACAAUGUAGUUCAA